UAUAGUUUCUUUUUUUUUGCAGGAGUAGAUAAAAUCACAUGCUUGAGUGUUGGAUUAAAUUAUAAUCCAUUCUUGGAACAUGAUAUCAUGCCUGGUAACUUGCAUCAGGAAACUUAUGCCAUUCCUGUUAUUGGUAGUCAGCUGACAGUGCAGCAUGGAGUGGAGGAGAAAUUUGAGCACCCAACACAGCCUAAUUACCCUGCCAUCUAUGAGCCAAGCAAUUCAGACUUUUCUGGUCACAAUGGAUCAGCCAUCAAAAGCAUCUUGCCUAAUACGCAGACGCCUGAAGCUUCAUAUGUAUCCGCAGCAUAUUGCAGUUAUGCAUUUUCUACAUCAUCCAAUGCAACUGAUGUUGGAGAUCAGUUCAAUGCAUCAAAUUUUCCACCUACAGUCCCUUCUCAAGUAGUGUAUAAUUCACAAAAUUGGUCGUCUGGUGAUUUUCUUCCUUCACAUGUACCACCAAACCCAAUGGAGUCUUGUGAGUAUGUCCUCCAAAGAGACAGUGCUCCCACUUCUUGGUCAUCCCAAGAUAAACAAAAUUACUAUCCAUGCGAAUCACAACAUAGGUCUGAUUUUCCUUCAAACAAUUCCUCAUCUUCCAAUUUGAGAGACAAUUCUGUGUCACAAAGGAAGAGGAAGGUUGAUAAAUUACAUAAAAGCAACACUCACAGAAGCCUUCACAAUACUUCCCCUAAGGGCCAUGAGAAAAUCUCUCGCGCAACUGCACAUAGUAAAACACGCAAAUCUCAUCAUUCUGAAAAGAGUCUGCAAAAACGGUCUUGUCGGAAAACUCCAGUAGAAUCCAAUUUAUCUGAUGCAAACGAGGACUACCAUCAAGAAUGUUUUCCUAAGGGAAGAAUUCCACGGGAACAAAGGCACUUAUCUGACACCGCAAGGAGCAACGUGCAUGGUGCAUCAACCAGACGUUCUCACAAGAGUGAUAGUACAAGGUCAGAUAAAUCCGAAGACUUUGUAAGUUACAAAGUUUUGCAAAAUUCUCACAUUCGCCAUCCAAAGAAGCAGGAACAUGUUUUUUCUAAAUUUCGAUGCAAUUCUGAAGAAAUGGCUGAUUCUUCUGGAAGUAUGAAACGUGGCCAAUCGCCCCCAAUGGCUCCAGGGAGUGACUUGGAAAAUAGUUCAUACAGGAAGAAAAGAACUAGUGAUGAUAUGCAUCACGAUGCUUUUGAAGGUCGGAUUUCAGUCAGAAAACAAAGAGAAAAUGAUCAAGUGCCAUCAACUUUGAGGAAUUUGUUAGAACCUCCUAGUAAAAGACAUAAGAUUAGUGAGACACAUUAUUCAAGUAAAUCCAAAAGGAUAAGUACAGGUGCCAAGUAUAAUCCAAGCCCAACGUUCAGUGAAUGUGAAUUUGAAAAGGGUGAAAAUUUUAAUUCUAAAUUCCAUCGCAAAAAAUCAAGUAGACAGGUGUCUUCAGAAAAAGGGAAGAAAACACUUCUUUGUGACCCAAUUUCACAGCAUGAAUCAUCUCUAGAAGAAUUUCAUAUUAGAAAAGCAAAAAAUGAUAAUGCUAGCCCAAGAGAAAAUGCCAAACAGAUGGGGACUGACAGCCCUGUUGAAAAUCUCAUGGAUGUUCUAGAUAUCGAUCUUUCUGAAGCAGAAACAAAUAUCCUAGAAAACGAUUCAAAGGUUGAUGAUGAUAGCUCCAUUCCUAAAUGGACACGUUCAUCCCCUGCAGACUUGUAUUAUGUUCAGGAUGAGAGUGCACAAUUCACUCGAGCCACGAAUCGCGCUAAGAAGAUCUGCCAAGAGUUUCAAGUAAAACUGGUGGACAGAGGAAAGAGAGCGCGAGACAAAUUUGCCAAAGAAUUCAAUGUUCAAAACUCGCAAUGUUGCCAUGAUGGCCAUAAAAUGAAGACUGUCAUGGAUCCAUCGCCUUGUGCCUCUACUAAUAACAAAGCUUCAUCAACCUCUACAUCGCCAACAACUGAUCCACAGACGUUGGGCCAAAUUACCGAGAGACGCGAUGGGCAUAAAAAUAGGAAGAACUCGAGUGAAAGCAACACUAGCAGCUCAAGUGAUUCUGAUGCUAGCAGGCAACGAACUCGUAAGAAAAAAAAUAGAUCACUGAAAAAAACUGGUCGAGAAAAGCGAUCUAAUGGCAUGUGCUGUGGAAAUAAAAGUAGCAGCAGUGACAGUAACUCAGACUCAAGCACAGACUGUGAAGAAAAUGAGCACCCUUUUGGUGAACGGUCCCAUCUUGAGUUGGAGAGGAAGAGGAAUCAUCCACUACGUCUGCAUCCCGAGCUGUGGCACAAUGAUCCUGGCGAGAUAAACACUGGCCCGCUGUGCUUAUGCAAAGCGCGCGCCAAACGCAGUGGCAUCAGACACGGUUAUUACGUAGGUGAAAGUACCGUGCCAGCUUGUGAUCCUUGGACCAACAACGCUGAUCGCCUUCAUCACUACCGUGUCACCAUCGCUCCGGCGACCAACUUCAUUAUCAAAACUCCAACACACAUCAAGUAUGAUGGACACGAGUACAUAUUUGAAGGCUUCUCGCUUCUGAGCCACGAGCGUCUAGUAGACGUGCCGGUGUGCCGUGUGAUCCGCUUCAAUAUUCACUACUGUGUUGGACACGAGCCUCAGGAGAUGCUCGACAACUUCUGCAUCCGAGAACUUGAUCUCUUCUACGAAUACCUAUUCAAGGAAAUUCUGGAGCUUGUGGAUUUGGACCUACGACCUCGGGGAGAUACAUCAGGCUGCCCCAUGUUUCAUCUGUUGCCUCGCUUCGUACGCCAGCUGCCCGACAAUGGAACAGAAAUUCUUGCCAUGACGGAGGUAUUGCGUUACUUGUUGCAGUCAUCUAUCCCUCUUGUUGACAAGAAUAACUUACGCGAUGUCAUUUCCAUGUCGCAGAAGGAGUGGUUAGAUUCCGUUGACACUCUCAAAGGUAUGAUCGUGUGCAACCCUGGGAUGAAGCCAUGUUCUCUGCGCGUUGACCAGCUUGACAGAGAACCGCUCGUAGGCUCUAAUGGAGAAGAACCUAAAUACUCUCAGAAAAGAGAUGCAAAGGAGCAAGAACUUCGCAUUUCGCGGUCUUCCUCUCACUCUCGCUCGUAUUUUCAAGAUAACAUUGAUCAUCUACAAAAGCAGCGACCAGCGGUUAAAAGACUUUCUAGUGAACGCGAAAGUAAUUCCUGCCGUAGUCGUUCAAAUGAACCUGAGCUCUACAAGCAAUAUGAAAAGCCUGGUAACAUGAAUUCUCGACAUCGAACUUCAACUUCUUUGAAAUAUGAAGUUGGAAUGGAAAAUUGUGACUUAGACGAACGAGAUUAUCGUCGUAGCCAGUCUGCUUCGCGUAUAAAAGAUCCUCGAAAUAGACGAGAUCGUUGCGACGAAUGGCGAGAAAAUCAUGAGUUUGAUGGCAGACGUGAUGAUCAGGACAGACAUGCUGCCAGUAAAAGAUAUCGGCUUGACUCUGUGGAUAAAAGCCUAGAAUUUGGUCACGACGGUGAAACGAGCACUCGUAACUCAGCUGCUGGUACGCGCACGUCACGGCAUGAACAUAAUCGCCGUUCACCUAAAAGAGAUCAUACUGAAUUUGACCAGAGAAAGGGCCAAUGCAGAAGCAGAUCGAGAGACUCCCACGAAUUGAAUAGGAAAACUAGAGAAGAAAGUUCAACGAGGAAUGCAAGAAUUUCUGUCCAUGAGCGUCUCUCUUUUGGCACAGAGAACCUGUAUCCUGGAAGGCACAUGAACUUCAGGUCAAAUAGCCAAUCGUAUGACGAUGAUUAUUACUCAAGACGCGAUGACUCCCUUGGAAAAGAUGUUCUUUGGACUCGUAAAAGUUCACGACAUCAAACGACAGAAGACCGUUAUGGCGACCGUGACCAAAGUAGGGUUCGGUCUGUGACGCGAGUUGAGCGUCAACAGCAACGCCAAGAGAGAUCUCAUAUUUCCCGGUCCACUGAAUCAUUGAUGCUACAUCAAAGCCUUCCCUUGGGUGAUCAUGAAAUUUCCUCUGAACCCAACACUAGAGAAAAUUCAGAAAAUGAAAUGCUCCGUUUUCCAAUCAUUGUUCAUUUUGCUAUCAGACCUUCACGUCUCUCAUACGCUGGCAAUCCUGAAUAUCAGAAAGUUUGGCGGGAAUACGUCAAGCUCCGACACUUGGUUGCAAACAUGGCCCGUCCAACGGCCGAGAACAAAGCUCGUCUCAUGUCCCAAGACAUGAAACUGCGAGCCAUGCGCACCAGUUCUGAUAAGAAGAGGGACGUCACCGUGGCCGUGUCUUCGGAAGGCUUCAUCAGAACUGGCAUCAUGAGCGACAUGGUACAGCACGCGUUGCUGAUGCCAGUGCUCGUGUGCCACCUACGCUUCCACAGAUCAGUGGCUAUGCUUCAACAAAACAUUGGCUACGAAUUCAAGGAUAAAUACUUACUGCAACUGGCCCUCACUCAUCCUUCAUUCAGGGAGAAUUUCGGGACGAAUCCUGACCACGUGCGCAACUCUCUGACCAACUGCGGUGUGAGACAACCCGAGUAUGGCGACCGCAGAGUAUUGCACAUGAACACCAGGAAGAGAGGAAUCAACACCCUAAUCAACAUCAUGGCUCGAUUCGGCCGCGACGAUGAAACCAACAGUCAAAUCAUGCACUACGAAAGACUGGAAUUCUUAGGAGAUGCCGUCGUCGAGUUCCUGACUUCAAUUCACCUGUACCAUGUCUUCCCGGACAUGGAGGAGGGUGGACUGGCUACCUACAGAGCGGCGCUGGUGCAGAACCAGCACCUGGCCGUGCUUGCUGAGCGCUUGGAUUUAGACAAGUUUCUCCUGUACGCGCACGGGUCAGAUCUCUGCCACGACUACGAGCUGCGACAUGCCAUGGCCAACUGCUUCGAGGCUCUCAUGGCCGCCAUUUUCCUUGACUCAAAUAUUGGGGAAGCUGACAUCGUGCUCACUCGAACGCUCUUUAAAGACGAGCCUGUGCUGCAGAAAAUCUGGCACGACUAUGCCCCUCAUCCUUUGCAGCAGCAAGAACCUCUUGGUGAUAGGAAAUGGAUUGAGAAAUAUCCAUUUCUGCAGCGCCUGACGGAGUUUGAAGAUAGCAUUGGCAUUCAGUUCAGGCACAUCAGAAUACUGGCUCGAGCAUUCACGGACCGCAGCGCUGGCAGCAACCACCUCACUUUGGGCUCCAAUCAACGUCUCGAGUUCCUCGGCGACACGGUUCUUCAGCUCGUCUGCUCAGAGUUCCUUUACAAACACUUCCCAGACCAUCACGAGGGACAUCUCUCGCUUCUGCGGUCAUCUUUGGUGAACAAUAAAACUCAGGCUGUAGUGUGUGACGAUCUCAACCUCACCAGCUUUGCAAACCACCGCAAGACAGACAUCACUUCCAACCAGAAGCACAGAGCAGAUCUACUGGAAGCUUUAGUAGGCGCCAUCUACAUCGACAGGGGAUUGUUGUAUUGUCGACGCUUCUGCGACGUGUGCUUGUUCCCGCGCCUGCAUCAGUUCAUCCUGAACCAAGACUGGAACGAUCCCAAGAGCAAACUGCAGCAGUGUUGCCUCACGCUCCGUAACAUGGAUGGCUCCGAACCUGAAAUUCCUGAAUACAAGGUUAUCAUGAGUCAGGGUCCAACCAACACCCGCGUCUACAAAGUGGCUGUCUAUUUCCGCAACAAGCGCCUGGCUGUGGGCAAGGGCCAGUCAAUACAAGACGCCGAAAUGAACGCUGCUGAAAAAGCACUGCUGCAAAGUCAAGGCGUAUUCCCACAACUAAAGCACCAGAAGAGAAUAUUGGAAAGAAGCUUCCAAAUACAGCAAGAAGCCCAAAACCAAGACGUGUCGUGCUAUGAGAAUCCCUUGCCGGCAGCCUUUGCACACGUCACCGACCACGUCACACGACGAGAGCGAUACGAUUCUCCACGACGACGCGAGUCGUCGCCGGACGAGUUCACUCGUGGACAUUUUCUCAAUCCUUUGCUUAGGAAUUCUCUUGAGAAGACUAAAACAUUUAGUCGUUCUUGGCCCGUUACAAUUGAUGGAGAGGAUUAUGUUUGUGCUGAUCGGCUAUCUAAAUGUGCUAAGAAAGAGUAUGAAAAUUUGAGGGAUCAUGACACUACUGCAUGCAUGACCCCGAAAAAGAAAAUCCCGAGCAAGAAUGAUGCCGCUGAAGGUACUUCUUACGGAAUGAAGAAUGCUGACAAGGGGAAGCCUGAAGUGAGAAUCCCCGUCCCGUCAUCUGAUGAAGAUCUUUCCAAAAACUUUGAUCCUUCCGGGCUUAGUGCUAAGUCCAUUUUUGCUUCAAGCAGGAGGGUGAAAACUGCUACUCAGGGGAUGGGUUACGUUCCUGUCAACCCGCCCGUUGGCGACGGUGCUGACGUUGGUGCUGACGACGUUGCGGUAGUCAUUGCGACUGAUCCUAGUGACGUUGUUAGCGCUGACGUGUGCAACGUCGCUCUUGCUUUCACUACCCAAAACUACGACUCGAUUGCAACCGUUAGAGAAAAAGAUCAAUUAUGGGAGGGACAGUCAGGAAAAUCAGCGACAAUCCACUCCAGUAAAUCGAGCAAAAGUUCGGUAAACAGUAGAAUCGAACAUAUACCGCAAUUCACUGCGUCUCUUUGCAGCUCUUUUUAUGCAGCUGGUGAGCGGACAACUUCAUCGUUUCUUGGGGGUGUUGCAACAGCGUCAUUAGUGGNCUUCCAGAAGGAAACAUGUCGGCACCGCCACAUCUUCCGGAAGGAAACGUGUUGGCACCGCCACAUCUUCCAGAAGGAAAAGUGCCGGAACCGCCACUUCUUCCGGAAGGAAACAUUUCGGCACUGCCACAUCUUUCGGAAGGAAAAGUGCCGGAACCGCCACUUCUUCCAGAAGGAAACGUGUCGGUACCGCCAUAUCUUCCAGAAGGAAACGUGUUGGCACCGCCGCAUCUUCCAGAAGGAAACUUGCCGGAACCGCCACGACUUCCAGAAGGAAACGUGUCGGCACCUCCACCACUUCCAGAAGGAAAUGUGUCGGCACCUCCACCACUUCCAGAAGGAAAUGUGCCGGAACCGCCACCUCUUCCAGAAGAAAAUGUGCCGGAACCGCCACCACUUCCAGAAGGAAACUUGUCGGCACCGCCACCACUUCCAGAAGGAAACGUGUUCGCCAUUUCCUGAAGUCGACAUUACUCCUCCGUCACUACUUUCUGCAUCUGCAUCACUUCUUUCACCUAACAUUGCUAGACUUUCACCACAUCUUGCUGCUGACUUACCUGCGCCUCCAUCAACUGAUGAAGCUGAAGGGACUGCACUGCAACAUCUUCCAUCCCCACUUUUUCCUGAAGCUGACGCAGUUGCCCCAUCUAUAGUUGCAACUGACGCAGCUGUACCUCCAUCGCAACUUGAAGCUGACGUCACUGCAAAUCCACCAUUUGCUGAAGUUGAAAUCAUUGAUAAACCUUUUGCAAAUAAUAUUGCGUCUCCCCCUGCAACUGAAACAAUUUCUUCACUAGCUUCUAGAGCUGUCGAGUCUGACUACAUAUCCGCAUAUCUUGUAACUAACGCCGUUCAAAGACCUGAAGGUCUACCUGCCAAUUCUGUAACGUUGUCUACUUCAUCUCGGCCCAAACACGAAUGUUCAUUUGAAGUUGUGGAUACUUGGACUGAUGUAACUUUCAAUGACGAUGAUCAUGAGAACUGUGAAAAAGUUGAAACGAGAAGGAGAGAACGUAGCGUAACCCGCAGUCGAAACUACGACGAAGAUGCCAAGCGCUCUGAACAGUUUCGUCGCAUGUGA